AUGCUGUGGGAAAUGAACGUGGAAUUCGUGGUGUUAUUGAACCCAGUUCCAGCUGAUCUAUACUCAGCCAAUGUAGGAAGCAUACCUAUUUUUAAGCGUCGGGUAGAAGAUGGCUGGAUGAAAGUCGGAAAACUACUGUAUAAUCCAGCAGAAGUUCUUGGUCGAGGUUGUGAAGGAACCGUUGUUUAUAGGGGAAAAUUCGAUGGUCGAGAUGUAGCCGUGAAACGGGUGGUCUCUGAAUUUGUAAGACUAGUCGAUCGAGAAGCUGAUCUUUUGCGUGAAAGCGACACACAUCCCAACGUUAUUCGAUAUUUUUGUAUGGAGUCCGACAGCCAGUUUCGAUAUCUUGCCCUGGAAUUAUGUAUAGCAUCGUUGAACGAUUAUGUGCAUGAGGUAGCCGUUCGUGAAAAAGUUGACAUUAAUCCCACCGACUUGCUCCAUCAAGCGACAGAAGGCCUUGCUCACUUACAUAUCAUGCAGAUAGGCGCUGUACUAACAAAAUCUAGAGGCAGAGGUCAAGUACACCUUCUCAGAAGGCUUAGUUCACCGAGAUAUGAAGCCUCAAAACGUGCUGCUGUCCGAAAGGAUCUCGCGGAGUACGAGCAGUCAUUUCUGAUUUUGGGCUUUGCAAGCGCGUUCAACCAGGACGUCACUCACUCUCUAAAAGGAGCGGUCUCGCAGGAACGGAUGGUUGGAUUCGCCCCAGAAGCCCUUACUUCGCAGAGUACGAGUUUCCCCGUUGAUGUGUUCUCCCUUGGAUGUAUAUUUUACUACGUUUUGUCCAAUGGUGACCAUCCAUUUGGCGAUAGUUUGCAUCGGCAAACAAAUAUUAUUAAUGGAGAGUACGUCCUUCUCGGAAUCAAAGAUGAUGGCCGUGAAACUGUUUCCUUAAUCGAAUCGAUGAUCCAAAAGUCGCCAACAAAUCGGCCUUCCAUUCAAUGUGUGCUGGCUCAUCCAUUCUUUUGGGAACCUGAAAGGCGAUUGCAAUUUUUCGGGGUAUAU